UCAGCUUGGCCUACUCCGUCAGCGUGAAUGUAGCCAAAAGGAGUUCCUUCAUAAGCAGCAGCAUUGAAAAUGCCGCCAAGUUCACCGCUCGCUCUGGGGGGAGAAGCAAAAGCCACAGAAGGAAAAUUAGUGCUUCACAGGGAAACGUAAUUUACAAACAAAUAAAAGAGAGAAGCAUUCCCUUCAAGUUUUACAACAUCGGGGACUCCUUCUAUGGGAGGAUACUCAGCAUAAGUAAAAAAAAUAUAAAGCUCGACAUUUUGUGUGACAGGAAGGCAUACUUAAAUACAUCCGAGUAUUUCCGUUUACCCAUUUUACACAAAUAUGUUUUUGCGCUGCUAAAGGUACACAACAUCAUUCGAGUGAAAAUUAAAUACAUUCAGAGGGUUCAUCAGAAGAUCGCAGUUCAGAUCCAAAAGUACAGCUACGAGGAAAUUUUAUCGUCCUUUAAUAAUGGGCGAAGUUUAAUUAACGCGAAGAUUUUGGAUGUCCUCGACGACUACGUGUUGCUUUACUUGGCGCCUCAAAUUCACGCAAAGUUGCUCCUGCGAGUGGGGGAGCGCGCGGACGACUACAGGGCAGGAAAUGACGUCCUCGUGCGGAUCGACCGCUUCGAUGGGCCAAGCGGGGAGUUGUAUGUACGCGUUCCGU